AUGGAUAAAAUAUCAACUGAAAUAUCAACUAGCGGUUUGGUUGCAUCAACAACAACAACAAUACCAACUGAAAGGCGUGCUCUUAGUGAAGUAAUGCAAAGUACUAAACGUUCAGGUGGUAAUUAUGGUAGUUUGGCUAAAUCACAAUUACAACCUACAUAUUAUAUUUGUCAUAAAGUUGAAUCAAAUGAUACAAUGCAAAGACUUGCAUUAAAAUACAGUAUCAAUAUUCAAGAAAUCAAAAGAGUCAAUAAAUUAUGGUCCGAUGCUGAAUUAAGUUUACUUGAAAAUGUAUAUAUUCCUGUUAAUUCAUCACAAUUGUCAACAUUACGAACAUUAUAUCCGACAUUAAAUAUUGUUCAAAAUCCAUCACCACCAACUAAUAAUGCGCGAAGAUCAAUAACAAAUGCAAGUACAGAUGAUGAAACUACAUCAUCUCUUCAAACAUCUGAUAGUUCAACUUCUAUUCCAUCAACAACAACGACAAUGUCUUCCUAUGAAGAUUAUUUUUCAAAAAUUGAUCAACAAAUACGAACAUCAAAAAAACAUUUACAAUCAUUUGAUACUAAUAAAACACAUUCAAAAUCUUCAUUAAAUGAAAUUUCUUCUUCAUCGCCUAUAUCCAAUAACAAUAAUAAUAAUAAUAAUAAUAAUAAUAAUAACAAUAAUGAUAGUGGUGAAUUAACUUCCUCUUCCAAUGGUCGUACAACUAUACGGAAUAACGGACGACAUAAAGGUAUUCAUCAUCUAUCAGAUAAUAGUGUAUUUGUGAAUAUAACAGCAAACAAUUCACGUGAAAAACAUAUUUCAGCUGCACUUGAACGAAUUCGACGAGAACGAGAUGAUUUUGAUGAAUUAUGA